UUUUGUUGUCAUUCUUAUUGACCUCUUCUAUCUUAUCUUCAUGGUUUCUUUCAUGUCAUAUGAAUUCAUAUACAGGCAAAUUUCGGCAUCUUCCUGUAGUGGAGCAUGGUGAGGUCAUUGCCAUGUUGGAUACUACCAAGUUCCUCUAUGAUGCGAUUUCUAGAAUGGAAAAGGCAGCAGAACAAGGUAGUGCUAUUGCCGCUGCUAUGGAAAGGGUCGAACGGCAGUGGGGAAAUGAAUUUGCAGGUCCGCACACGUUAAUAGAAAAUCUUCGAGAACACAUGUUCAAGCCUUCCUUAUCAACUAUCAUAACUGAAAAUAGCAGUGUUCCAUCAGUAUCUCCAUCAGAUCUGGUAACUGUAGCUGCCAAAAAGAUGAGAGAGUACCAAGUUAACUCAGUGGUUGUCAUGACAGGGAACAUGCUGCAAGGCAUUCUCACUUCCAAGGAUUUGGUUUUGCGAGUAGUGGCACAAAAUCUGUCCCCAGAGGUGACUCUCGUAGAAAAGGUCAUGACUGCAAGUCCUGAUUGUGCUACAUUGGACACAUCAAUCCUCGAGGCUCUACAAUCAAUGCAAGAUAGAAAAUGUCGUCAUAUUCUUGUUGCGGACAAAAGAGGACAGAUUGUCGCCUGUUUGGACGCUCUACAGUUAACCCACACAGCCAUCUCCAUGGUUGAGGGAGCCUCUGGACCAAACGAUGUGGCAAAUACCAUGGUUCAGAAGUUUUGGGAUUCAGCACUUGCCUUGCAUCCUGCAGAAGACUAUGACUGGCAUAGUGACGAAUCUCGUAUGGCAGCCUCAGACAGUGCUGAAGGAAAGCAAACACCCCCUCAUGUUGGCAAUGCAUUCUCUUUCAAAAUUGAAGACAGAAAAGGGCGAAUGCACAGAUUCAGUUGCGUUUCAGAAAGCUUAGAAGAGCUUGUGUCUGCUAUUGCAUACAGAUUAGGAACAGAAAACAAGAAGGCGAAUGUAAACCUUAUGUACAAUGACGACGAAGGUGAUAGAGUACUUCUGGCUACCGACGCCGACCUGGUUGCAGCAAUUGAACAUGCCAGAUCAGCAGGAUGGAAGGUUCUGAGGCUGCACAUGGACGACGGGUCAAAGAUCAGCGCAGAUCCCACACCGGCGUCGUCUGUGGAUACCUCAUCAGCAAGGAGAAGCUGGCCGUCCCUCCGGCUAGGUACAGUGGCCAGUGCAGCUGCUAUUGCUGGCGUCGGGGCAAUCGUCUACUUGAGAUGCUCUCGGCAAUGACUUCAAUAUACAUACCUCAGACUCAAAGAGCAUACUUCAACACUGCAUAGAUGUACUACGCAGGAGGAGGAUCACACAAAUCACGGCGGCAAUAAGGCUCUUGCCAAGCCUCUACACUGAAUUUUUCUCCAGGGUUUGCAGUC